CACCGGAGCCGCCACUGGUAGAUGCACCACCGCAGCCAGCGGCACCGCACCCCCAGCAAGCAGUAAGCAUCCGAUCUCCGGUCAAUGAGAGCCAAAAGCGUUGCCGCAUUACGCCCCCAGCCAGCGGCAUUGCACUGGAGCCGCCACUGGUAGAUGCACCACCGCAGCCAGCGGCGUCACACCCCCAGCGGCAGCUUUGCUCUGAAGUGAUGUCUGAGAAGAUUGAUGCGGCGGUAGAGAAGAUCAAUGCAGCAUCCAAGGUAAUGCUAGAUGCGGCAUUAGAGAAGAUCGAUGCAGCAUCCAAGGUGAUGAUAGAUGUGGCAUCCAAGGUGAUGAUAGAUGCGGCAUCCAAGAUGAUUGAAGCCACAUCCAAGCAGCUUAACGCUAGAGCAGGCGAGCAAGAUGGUGAAAUGGAGGAGAUGCAGUCACUCGUCCAGGCGCUGGUUACCAAGGAACGAGAAAGCAAUGAUGAGUUGCAACGUGCUCGGAAAAAUCUGAUAGAUGAAUUGCCGAACUUCACAAAUGGUGCGGCACAUAUUGGUGUCAAAAGGAUGGGUGAGCUGGAUCUGAAAGCAUUUGCGAAUGCUUGCAGCAAAAAUGCACCACAAGAAGAUGCAGAAGUUCACUCUGCUAUUCUUUGUUCACAAUGGCAGGCUGAAAUCGCAAAACCAGGCUGGCAUCCUUUCAGGAUAGUUAUGGUUGAUGGUAAAGAGACGGAAAUUCUUUCGGAGGAGGAUGACAAGCUUUGCAGCUUAAAAGAGGAGCAUGGUGAGGAAAUCUACAGCUUAGUGACCAAGGCGCUACUUGAGAUGAACGAGUACAACCCGAGCGGACGCUACGCCGCACCGGAGCUGUGGAACCAUAAGAAUGACAGGAAAGCAACGCUGGAGGAAGCCAUCCAGUUCCUCCUGAGACAGCUGCAGUCACACAAGAGGAAGCGCCGGUGAGCCUCUCCAAUACUGAUGUGCAGGAGGCCCGGGUGUUCUGCACUCCUACUUUUGCGUCCGAAAACUUGUACGUGGGCUUUGAACUUGACUCUAGUGUAGUCGUAGUGCUGUUGGAUUAGUUGGGGGUUUGUAGUGGUUCACUGGUUCUUAAUGAUCAUGCGACUAGAGCAGCCAUGAUCGCUAGCUAUGCAGUUUAGCUAGGCGAUGCUCCUGUUGGAUGUGUGUAGCGCACCUUUGGCAUGAUGGAUGCUAGUAAUAGUAAUAUCUGAAUGUAUUUUGUAUGUAGCCCUGGCAUGUGGCAUGGAUGCGAAGUACUAGACUAAUCUCAGAA